CCGAGUAAUCAAAGUGAAUGGAGUUACUAGACCAGAUUGAGCAAAAGUUGGUGUGGAAUAACAGCGCGAUGGUCAUUGCCUGAUCCGUAUUCUUAUUGGACCCUAAAGCGGAAUGGAUGUUUUAGAAAACCGCGAUGAAAAAAACAUCAGUUUUCUAUUUUAAACCUUUUUUAUUCGCAGCAUUUUGACGACGAAUUUGUGAGAGUGUACAACAAAAUAAAAAACAAAAACAUGUUAGCCUUAAGCUAGCUAGUGCUAACCUCAGCCUAACGUUAGCAUGUGUGGAAUAAGAGACAAGGGGACAUGGCGAUGACAAAACUGAUGUAAACCGACGGACUAUGAGCUCAUUUGAGUCUCAAAACAACUUAACUUUACGUCCGAAGACUGUAUCUAUAUUUGAUCAACCGCUGGGAAACUUCGAAGCUGGCCCGUAAACACCAAGGCAUGUCAGACGUUUCUUCAGAAAAGAACUUGAUAUGUCUUGAACCAAACCAACCAACUCUGAGAUGGAUAACACCAAGGCGAUGUCUCGUGAUGGAUGGUUGUGAGAUUUAGCAGUCAGACCGGAGAACCAUGGAACAGGUUGAAGAACCUACCUCAGAAAUGAAAUGUGACGGCCAAGUGGAUGGAGUGAUGAAGAGCCAGUCGUCUUUGCAGACUGAGUUGAGCUCCGUCCCGAUUCUUAGAGAUGCAGCGUGGUUGGGGGCGCAGGAGGGGGAAUCUGCCUCUUCAGACUGUGGCGGGACAUCAGACCUACAGGAGCCGAGCUCGGUGUCGGGUGAGGAGGUGGAGGGCAGCGAGACGUCUGAUAUCACAGGAUUGGAGGCCUCGCCAGGCAGUAAGGGAUCGUGGGGGGGCAAUCAGCAAAACGGAGAUAGAACACCACAGGAAAGCCCGCCACCGAAUAGUGAGACGCCUGUAACAGCUGGAGCAUUUUCAGAUCCGCUACAGGUGCCCUCUCUUUCACUGUCGGACCAGCUACGGCUGGGACGCGAAGACCCCAAUAAACUGGGCCUGAACGUUGAGUGUCGUAUAUGUGGAGAUAAAGCCUCAGGUUUUCAUUAUGGAGUUCAUGCUUGUGAAGGCUGUAAGGGUUUUUUCAGGCGCACCAUUCGUAUGAAGUUGGAGUACGAGCGAUGUGAGCGCGCCUGUAAAGUCCAGAAAAAGAGCCGGAACAAAUGCCAGUACUGCCGCUUUCAGAAGUGCCUGGCACUGGGCAUGUCUCAUGACGCAAUAAGGUACGGACGUAUGCCAGAAGCGGAGAAGAAGAAGCUGGUGGCUGGACUACUCGCUGGAGAGAACCCGCAGAGCUCUAGUGGAGCUGACCUCAAAACACUGGCCAAGCACGUCAACACAGCCUACCUGAGGAACCUCAACAUGACCAAGAAAAAAGCACGCAGCAUCCUCACGGGCAAGACCAGCUGCACUGCGCCUUUUGUGAUCCAUGAUAUGGACUCCCUGUGGCAGGCAGAAAACGGGCUGGUCUGGAAUCAGCUUAAUGGAGCACCGCUCAACAAAGAGAUCGGGGUUCAUGUUUUCUACCGCUGCCAGUGCACCACAGUGGAAACUGUGCGAGAGCUAACAGAGUUCGCCAAAAACAUACCUGGCUUUGUGGAUCUCUUCCUGAAUGAUCAGGUAACGCUUUUAAAAUAUGGAGUCCAUGAGGCCAUAUUUGCGAUGCUCCCAUCUCUCAUGAAUAAAGAUGGACUGUUGGUGGCCAAUGGGAAGGGUUUUGUGACGAGAGAGUUUCUGCGAAGUUUACGCAAGCCAUUCAGUGAGAUCAUGGAGCCCAAGUUUGAGUUUGCAGUGAAAUUCAAUGCUCUGGAGCUGGACGACAGUGACCUGGCUCUGUUUGUAGCAGCCAUCAUAUUGUGUGGAGAUCGUCCUGGGCUGAUGAACGUGAAGCAGGUGGAGCAGAUUCAGGAUGGCAUUCUGCAAGCUCUGGACCAGCAUCUUCAGGUUCACCAUCCGGACUCUUCUCAUCUCUUUCCCAAGCUGCUGCAGAAGAUGGCCGACCUCAGACAGCUGGUCACGGAGAACGCACAGCUGGUUCAGAUGAUCAAGAAGACCGAAUCAGAGACCUCACUUCACCCGCUUUUACAGGAGAUCUAUAAAGACAUGUAUUGAGCUCAAGACUCAAGGACAUGACUAGAGAUCAGACUGACAGUGCACAAAUCCUAAUGGCACCGUGGUGCCAUAGGUGUUUUUUUACUGAAUUUUUGUAAAGGACUUUUACAAAUACUGACUUUGAAUAUUGAAAUUUCCUCUGAUUUUACGGAGUGUUCUUUUAUUUAAACUCAAAUCUGUUCUACUACCAGGACACUGAAUAUCCAGUCAUCAUUCACUACUACUACUAUCACUAUUUUCAUGUAGUUCUUCAUUUGCUUGAUGAGGGCUAACACUUUUAGAAGUCGUCAGGGUUUCAAGUACUGAUAUCCAGUAUGUUUCUGUGGGGAGAUCAGAGCAAAUGCCACUUACUGUAUGUGUUUUUAAGGCUUUUAUUUCUGUGGUUCUUCUUUUCUUCCUGUUUCUUUAGGCACUUUUAAGGUAAUAGAUAGCCUCCACGCAGAACUGUACAGCAGUCGGUUUUGUUAUUUUGGAAAUGUUGUUACAUUGUUGAGGAUGUUGUUUUUCAUCGUCAGCUGCUACAAAUAUAUAUUGGUAUUGAAACUGAAGACAAAUCUAUGUUUAAUAACUCACUUUACCUGCUUGGGAGAAAUCUACAAAAGAGUGAUAAUUUCUAGUUGUAUGGAAGGACAUGUUUGUUUGUGAUGAGCAUUUAUAGGAUUCUUAUGUGCUGAUCUUUUUGUUUAGCACAAAGUAUUUAGCCGGUACCAGUCUCAAGGUCAUAUUUUACCAGGACGAGACAAAAUAUGAGUUAUUGUAAGCGGUUGUAUGAAAUUAGGUCUUCCAUUAGUAUGUUGAUUGAACGUGUUCUGAGAAUAUAUAUAUUGAGUGAUUGAAAACAAAUGGGCUGUGGUUACAUUCAAACUAUAACUAAAUUCACUUAAUCAGUUGCGUGGAUUGAUGAUUUUGUCCUAUGCGCUUUGCAUCUGCAUUGCUUUGAGCAAAUACUUGCAUUGAACUUUACUUAGAUGCUGCCGAGAGUCCUGUCACAAGCAAUGCUGCACAAUUUGGGAACUCAGUGUACACUUUUAAAAGCAGUUCUAAUGUUGAAUUACAUUAAUUGGUAUUAUUAUGAUGUGCAACACAUCUAUUUCACAUCAAGAAGUAUCUCAGAAAUAUCUGAGGUUUUAUUUUAUGGCUGAAAUUUGCUUUCAGGAGGUGUUUAUUGAAGAUGGAGCUUGACGGAUUAUUGGAGCAUACAGAAACCUGUUACUGUGAAAAUAGAGAGCACAAUAAGAUGAAAUGAUGGAAAUCCUUUUCCUCCUCUUCCUUAAAAUAAUAGUUUUUCUGUCACCCAGUUUUACCCACACACACCAAGCAUCUACUAAUGUUUUUUUAAAUUUGCAGUAAAGUCUAUAAAAAAGUCUUGAUUGAUUGACCAGAUUAGAUAAGACGCACAAUUGUAAGGAUUUCUGAGAUAUUAUUUUGAAUCACAGUUAACAAUUCCAGACAUUUCUAGAUUUCUUGUGAUUUAUCAAAAGAUGUGAUAAUUUCACAAGCGGUUUUGCAGUCAUAGUAAACUGUAAAUGCUUGUUUAAUCUUUAUGAAUGAUUUGCAGAAUACCAAACUAUAUAAAAUGUGUGAAAAUGAUUAAACAUUUCAACGAAAUUA